CAAACUGCGCACACCCACACUGUCUGCCGGGGACCGCCUGAGAGUGGUAGCGAGGCAGACAGGUGACACACCUGAGGACUCGCUUCUGCUGAUGGAGGUGUGCGGGACACCUGGCUGCUAGCAGACGAUACGUGAGGAAGUUCGGGAUUGGCAGCAAAGUGAAUGCAAGAUGUUUCCUUGGUCUGCCGUCUUCUCCCUGGAGCCCAAGGUUCCCGGCCAGCGCAGCGCCGAGGAGCUGGUGACCAACACCCUGAUGCUGGAGCUGGGCGCCAUGGUGAAGCGCACAGAGCGCAUCCGCCUAGAGCAGGCCUCGGAGGGCCAGCGCCGCCGCCGCCGCAGCUCCUCCUCCUCCGCAGCCGACUACAGCUGGCUGGCCAAGGUGCAGACCCCGCAGCCCUACCAGCUGACCCCCAAUGACCUGCUGGAGCUGCAGGACCUCUGCGCCAAGGUCCCGCCUGCCCAGUGCGGCCCUGUCAUCGUCAGGUUCCGGAGGCUGGUGUCCCAGAUGGAGCCCGAGGUCCAGGAGGUCCCCCGUUUGUUCCGUUCGGUGCUGCGUGACCGCUUGGAGGAGCUGAGGUCAGAGGAAGGAGGCGUCCACAUGCACGAGCACACCUGGAUGAAGCAGCAGCGCAGCAAGAGCCUCUCCUUCCUCACUUUCCGCACCAAAUUCCAAAAGGGCUGCUUCUCCGGGGGGAGCGGCCCUAGGGGCUCCAGGGGGAACCUGCAGCAGCAGCUGGAAUGGUCGGACGAGGAGGAGGACGACGACGACGGACAGGACGGGGAGGAAGAAGCCAUUAAGGCCAGGUGCAGGAAGGGGAGGAGCCAGAGCAUGCCGGAGAUCACACCUUUGGAGCAAAGUGCACUGGGCUGAAGAUGGGGGAGGGGUCACAAAGAUAGGGUGCUUCAUUUUAAUGCAAGUAGGAUGCAUAUGAUCCCAUUCAUCAGUUUAACCUGACACAUGAAACAUGACAAAUUGCACAAUCCACUUUAGUCAGGCAGUAGUGUUGAACGUGUUGUGGCUAUUUCAAUGUUAACCACAGUGUGGAGUGACACUUUCCAUCAUUUUCAGCACACAAAACAUUCACCCCGCUCCUUCCUUCCACGCUGAAUGGAUACUUUCCUUACAUGUGUUCCUAUCCCCUUUCUGCUCCACCACCGACCAGAACAUAAUCAUUUGUUUUAGUCAAAAACAUGCAUAAAAUUAAAUCAAAGUUGAAAUCAAAAUAGUAUAAAAGUAUUAUCACCCAACCAAAAAACAUGUUGUGCACAUUUGUCGGGACUCCUGAUGAGGUUUUGAGACAUCUCCUACAACUACAGCACCAGUAUUGUGCUGCUGGAGCAAGUCCUUUUUUAUUUGUUUUAUUUUUGUGUGUAAAUUUUAGCGAAAACAAUUAAAAAAAACAAAAAAAAAAAACAUUUUCUGCCAUUUUCGUUUUUUUUUGGGACUCCUGGUGAGGUUUUGAGACAUCUCCUACAACUACAGCACCAGUAUUGUGCUGCUGAAACAAGUACGUUUUUUUUUAAAUUUUUGCUUAAGGGUCACCCCUUAUGAAAUUUUAGCAAAAAAAAAGCUUUUCAAAUCAAUGCAUUUUCUGCCAUUUUGGGGUUUUGUUGGGACUCCUGAUGAGGUUUUGAGACAUCUCCUACAACUACAGCACCAGUAUUGUGCUGCUGAAACAAGUAAGUUUUUUUGAAUUUUUGCGUAGGGGUCACCUCUUACGAAAUUUUAGCAACAAAAAAAGAUUUUCAAAACAAUGCAUUUUCUGCCAUUUUCGGGUUUUGUUGGGACUCUUGGUGAGGUUUUGAGACAUCUCCUACAACUACAGCACCAGUAUUGUGCUGCUGAAGCAAGUCCGUUUUUUUUGUUUUUUGUG